UAUAUCUAAGAAUAAAUACCAGUCAAAAUGAGUUGCUAGUAUAUAAAGCCCCCGCUCAAUUCUGUAUAAACUGAAAAUCAAACAAAUUCAGAAACAUCAUUCAAUUCGAUUGGAAAGAAAAAGGGGGGCAUGGGCACCGUUAUUGACGACCAUUUCUUGGCACUCACAGCCAUCGUUACCUUUGGAUAUCAAUUAUCGUUCUUCAUAGUCACUGCACUCCUCAAAUUCGACAAAGUUACCGAUUUUGCGGGAAGCACAAAUUUUGUCAUAAUCGCUCUAUUAACUUUGAUUGUAAAAGGAUCAUGGCACUUUAGGCAGGUGGUUUUGAGCUUUCUUGUUGUAGUAUGGGGUCUUCGCCUUGGAUUGUUUCUGUUGAUGAGGAUCUUGAAUUGGGGAGAAGAUCGGCGUUUUGAUGAGAUGCGUGCUAAUUUAGGGAAAUUGGCAGUUUUCUGGAUUUUCCAGGCUAUAUGGGUUUGGACAGUAAGUUUACCCGUGACAGUUGUCAAUGCAACUGAUUCAAAUCCAGGUCUUAAAGCUCAGGACAUAAUUGGGUGGAUUAUGUGGUCUGUGGGUAUCUCAAUUGAGGCCACUGCUGACCAGCAAAAGUUAACCUUCAAGAAUUCUCCAGAAAAUAGGGGGAAAUGGUGCGAUGUUGGACUCUGGGGGUACUCCCGUCAUCCAAACUAUUUUGGCGAGAUUUUUCUAUGGUGGGGAAUUUUUGUGGCCUCUACACCUGUAUUGGAAGGUGCUGAAUGGCUUGUUGUACUCGGGCCAUUAUUUCUAACAUUGUUACUUCUUUUUAUUAGUGGGAUACCGCUGCUUGAGGAGUCUGGAGAUAAGAAGUAUGGAAAUGUGGCGGGAUACCGACAGUAUAAAAAGACAACAAGUCCUCUCGUUCCGCUGCCUCCUGUGGUGUAUGGAACCUUGCCUUCUUGGUUCAAAGUAGCCUUCUUGUUUGAGUUUCCAUUAUACAAUCGGAAUCUUCCUAAAGAAGAAUCAGUGGGCUGGUAUAGAGCUGGAAGUGCAGAAACAAAAAUGGGUUGAUUUCUUUAUCACUAGUUUGAUGUAAUUGUUUAUAAAAUUCCUGACAUACAUUUUUUAUGUGUAUUCUUGAAGCCCCAGUAUGUGAUACCUUUUGGGGAUAGUUCACAGUCAGCUAUUUUAACACCCUGCAUUGAAUUGUUAAAGUGAUCUUGUUUUCAUUA